GGAUUUGCGACUUUUGUCUUUGCAUCAUGAGAACUGAGCUCCAAUUUGAACCUGCUUUGAUUUCAGUGCACAUGCUACCUAGUAAACUCUGCACGAAAUCAGAUUAGCUCUCUUCCUACGGAGUACGUAGGUUGGUAUACAAUACACCAACCAUUUGAGAUUCCACAAUUGCGUUUAAAGACCAUGUCCAAUCAGCAGAAGCACAGCAAACAGUUUGGCUUAGACAGGCCCAUAGGCUCACAGAGGAUUGGUUUCUAAUGAUUUCGUUAAAUCUAUUCAAAAGAUACGGAGUAGCACGGCAGGUGAUAGGUUCCCUUAACGUCCUAUCCGUAUAUAAGGUAGGUAGAUAGUCCUCCGGGAAUGAGAACGGCUCUGGCCUUGAAGCAACAUGCCAAGACAACUCGUCUAGGAUAUACUAGGUCUUCUUAUCCUUCAGAACAGGAACCCUAAGAUUUGUUCUUCGGUAGGAAGCAUACUAUCUUUCCAUGCAGAGACUCAGAGCAAACCGAUUUCACCGCAUACCUACAAUACUGUAGGUACUCCGUACGGAUAUACAAGGACUAUUCAAAUUUGAGCGACUAUCCGUUGAUUCAGUUCAAAGCGCUAUAAUCUGCCGAAACUCUAUUUGAUAACCACUUUCAACAAACAGAAGCAAUUAUACUCAAAGAUCGCUUCGGCAACUGCUCUUUUUGGAGUUGUUCGACCUGAUGCCUGGUAGACUGACGGCGUGGCUUGCUAGUGCUGAAGCUAUCCUAGGCCCCCAACCAUUCGGAGUUUCAGGCCCCUGCAGUUAGUGUCUCUCCAAGCCUCCCGUCCUCAACGCGAAAGUCACGGGGACCGCGUUAAUGGCUGGGAGCUAGCGCGUCUUACUUAACGCGCUUGCAUUUAACUAACUCCUGGGCCUUGCAUCACCACUUUAGCCCGAAUUCUCGCAGCCAUACUCUUCUUAUUUCUACACAUUGUACUACCCCAAAUAUCAGCAUACACUUGCAAUAUUCACGGUUUACGUUUUUGUUUCCAUGAGUACUGUAUCUGUGUAAUUGGCUUAUUUUUGUAUCAACUGCCCAGAAUUCAUUUCGUUCGAGCUCUCGUCGUCGCCAGAGUCCCUCCCUCGUAUCGAGGGCUCAUCGUGCAUCCACCUCCUCCCACCUUCAGUCUCCACCUACAAGCUAUCGCCAUGUCGACCCUCAAACGUAAAGCAGGCGCCUCGACCGGGAACGAUUCGAAGAAGCCUAAGGCUAAUGGCAACAUUGCCUCAUUCUUCGGAGCAGCUCCUAAGCCUACUGGUACUGGUGCUUCUGCCCCCGCACCAGCCGUCAAGUUUGAUAAGGCCAAGUGGGUGGCUUCCUUGAAGCCAGAGCAAAAAGAACUCUUGCAGCUCGAAAUUGAUACUCUUGACGAAAGCUGGCUGGCGCACCUCAAGGAUGAUCUUGUCACAAAGGAGUUCCUAGACCUUAAGCGAUUCCUUGAUCGAGAAAUCAGCUCUGGGCGCAAGGUGUUCCCACCUAGGAACGAUAUCUACUCAUGGUCCCGUCAUACCCCUUUCAGCAAUGUCAAGGUUGUCAUUGUUGGUCAAGACCCCUAUCAUAACGACAACCAGGCUCAUGGAUUGGCAUUCUCCGUUCGACCCCCAACUCCUGCACCACCCUCGCUCAAGAACAUGUAUAUUGCGCUGAAGAAAGACUAUCCUGCUUUCGAGCCGCCACCAAACCGAGGAGGUCUUCUCACCCCCUGGGCAGACCGUGGUGUUCUCAUGUUGAACACCUGCCUUACAGUUCGAGCCCAUGAAGCCAACUCGCACUCUAAUCGAGGAUGGGAGAAGCUCACACAACGAGUGAUUGAUUUAGUGGCGCAAAAGAGAACAAGGGGUGUUGUUUUCAUGGCCUGGGGAACACCAGCCGGCAAGCGAGUGCAGAAGAUCGAUCGAGUCAAACAUCUUGUGCUACAGAGUGUCCACCCCAGCCCUCUCAGUGCUUCCAGGGGGUUCUUUGACUGCAAUCACUUCAGAAAAGCCAAUGACUGGCUAGUUACGCGAUAUGGCCCUGAAGGAGAGAUUGACUGGGCACUUGGACCUGGCACUUCCACGAAAGCUCCAGCGACGGAAGCCGACGCCAAGGAGGCUAAAUCUGCUGAGAAAAAGGCCGAGGUAAUUGAGAAGACUAAGCCUGAAGUGGUAAAGAAGGCUGAAGAGGACAAGGAGAACGAUGCUUUCGACGAAGAUGAGGAAGCUCUCGAAGAGGCCCUUCGGUUGGCUGAAGAAGAGGAGAAGGAGAAAGAAAAGUAGUGUUUGAAAUUGUUCGAACUCGGAGUGUAUGUGUUAUGACGGCGUUCAACACUAAGGGAAAGGUACUUGGCAUGCAAGCGUAGGGACAGCUUUUCAACUAUCAAGUUUUCGGUUCCGGGUCAGGGAUCAAUGUAGGAUCAGCCUCGGGAAUCUAUGUACAUGGAUAUUGGAAAAGGUUUAUAGGAUCAAUGGAUGAAUACGGAAUAUUAUGACGCUCAAUACGUG